AUGGCACUCGGCGCGUUCCUCCGGCCGCACGCCUUCGUGGCGCUCUAUCUCAUCGCAGCGAUCUACAUUGUACACGGCACCAUCGAGCUGGUAGGUCGGUGGAAGAAGGCCGGAAAUGAUCACGCUCCGGUGGUUCUCAUGGGACUGAACUGGGCCAUUAUCCGCACGGUCUACACCACGACUGAGAGCUGGAUCGGAGUGUACUGCAUCAGACGCGAGCAGGCAGCCAAGGAUGCUCAUGAGUUGUUCGUGCACAUGGCCGCCAUGCGCGGUGGUUCACCCGGGGCAGAGUGA